AUGAAGAAUAUGAUCCAGAUGCUUACCACCAUUGUUACAGCCAAACAACAGCGUAGAGGUGUGGAUCCAGCACUGGGUAGGGGAAGACUUAAGCACUUUUUGGGGCUGAAUCUGCCCAAGUUCUUUGGUUCGCGAGAGAAGGAUUAUCCCCAUUACUUUAUGGAUGAGACUUUCAAAGCUCUAAGGGCCAUGAGUGCACAUGGUUCUGAACCUAUGGAUUUUGCAUCAUAUCAAUUAAAAGAUGUUGCUCAUGCUUGGUUUGAAUUGUGGGAGACUGAGCGAGGUAAUAAUGCUCCAGCUCCUGCUUGGGCUGAAUUUGAGGGGACAUUCAUAGAGAGGUUUCUAUCUGAUGAGAAGCGGUUUGCUAUGGCUACUAAGUUUGAGAAGAUGGAACAGGGCACUAUGUUUGUUCACGAGUAUAUCUUGAAGUUCACCCUGUCACGUAUCAAGUCUGCAUGUGCUGCUACUGCUAUGUGUCCUACUUGUACAUUUUCAUCCUUGGUUGGGUUCGCUGAGCAACAGGAGAAUUGGAAGGGUGAAGAGAGGCUAGAAAGGGAACAAAGCAGGGUCAGAGAAACAAUAAUCAGAACAGGUAGUAACAAGGUGAUAAUAGACACUCAUCUGGAUGGGAGGAUCGUAUUUGUCACCAUUGUGGAAUUUGGGGACAUAGCAAGAGAGAUUAGAAACAAUUCAUCUGCACCUGUUGCUGCUAGGAAUCUGCCUACUGGUAAUACUAAUAAUGUUCAUAAUGCUCGUGGUAAUGGGACUGGUAAAGUGGUUGCUAACACCGCUAAUGGUGGUCAAGCCCGACUUUACGUUAAGGCUUGUAAAACUAUCGCUGACUUAUUUGAGCUAGAGAUGAUAGAUGUUGACGUAAUUAUGGGGAUGGAUUGGUUAGCUGCUUGUUAUGCUAAUGUAGACUGUCAUUAUGACUUAGUUCGAUUUGCUUUCCUUGGUGAACCGAUUAUUGUGUGGAAGGGAGAAAUUGCUAAGACUAGGGAUAGGUUUAUCUCGUAUCUUAAGGCUAGUAAAAUGAUUUUGAAGGGAUGCAUUUACCAUCUAGUUGUUGUCAAUGAUACUCAAGCCAUAGUGCCAGAGUUUAAGUCCAUCCCUAUAGAUAAUGAGUUUCCCGAAGAUUUUCCGGGUAUCUCUCCUGAUAGAGUUAUUGAUUUUGGGAUAGAUGCUCUUCCCAAAACUCGACCAAUCUCCAUCCCACCUUAUCGCAUGGCUCCGGCAGAGCUAAAAGAAUUGAAAGAUCAAUUGAAAGACUUGUUGGAUAAGGGGUUUAUUCGACCAAGUACCUCGCCUUGUGGUGCUCCAGUCUUAUUUGUCAGAAAGAAAGAUGGUUCUCUCAGAAUGUAUGUUGAUUACCGUCAGCUGAAUAGGAUGACUAUCAAGAAUAAAUAUCCUUUGCCUAGGAUAGAUGACUUCUUCGACCAACUUCAGGGUGCUAAGUUCUCUUCUAAGAUCGACUUGCGUUCUGGGUACUAUCAACUAAAGAUAAAGAAGGAAGAUAUUCUGAAAAAAGAGUCUCUGUCUAGUGAUGGUAUCAAGAUUGAUCCUCAGAAAAUUACGGCAGUUAAAGACUGUCCAAGACCCACGGGUGCGACAGACAUCCGCAGUUUCUUGGGUUUAGCUGGUUAUUAUCGGAUGUUUGUGGAAGGUUUCUCAUCUAUAGCUACACCUUUGACAAGGUUGACUCAGAAAAAGGCUAAGUUCCAGUGGUCGGAAGCCUAUGGGAGGAGCUUCCAAGAGCUCAGGAAUGGUAAGGUGAUCUCUUAUGCUUCCUGUCAGUUGAAGAAGCACGACAAGAAUUAUCCAACUCAUGACUUCAAAUUGGCUGUUGUGGUGUUCGCAUUAAAAAUCUGGCGUCAUUACUUGUAUGGGGAACAUUGUGACGUUUUCACUGAUCAUAAAAGCCUACAGUAUAUCUUCAAGCAGCGAGAAUUAAAUCUUAGACAGAGGAGACGGUUAGAGUUGCUGAAGGAUUACGACUUGAAUAUCUUGUAUCAUCCUGUGAAAGGAGUUAUGCGGUUUGGUCGAAAAAGUAAGCUUAGCCCUCGUUUUAUUGGCCCGUACAAGAUUUUGAGAAGAAUUGGAAAAGUGGCUUACGAGUUGAGGUUAUCAUCUGAGAAGGCUGUGGUGCACCUUGUGUUUCACAUUUUGAUGUUGAGGUUGUACAAGCCUAACCCUUCUCAUGUCUUGAAUCAUAACGAGAUUAAGAUCAAUAAAGGGUUGUCUUAUGAAGAGAAACCUGUGCAAAUCUUGGAUCGUAAAGUUAGGAGGUUGAGAACCAAAGAUAUGGCUUCGGUUAAAGUCCUGUGGCAUAAUCAUAAUACUGAAGAAGCUACUUGGGAAGUUGAGGAGGACAUGAAGAGGAGAUAUCCUUAA